AUGGCUAUCUUUCAGUCGUUGCAGCGUUUCGUCCGCAAAACUCGCGAGAAGGUUGGAAAUUUCCUUCCAUCCAGACAUCGACGUCGGCGCGAGUCUGCCGACAGCCAGACGCCUCUCGCACCUUCUACGGAAGGAAUUCUCGUCCGUGGAGAGAUAAUUUAUCCUCCACAUCGGGUAUCUCUUGAUCCCGAGGCUCCGCGGCGCGUCUCCCAGCCGCUCCCCCGCCAGCUGUCACGCGGCGCACAGCUGGACAAGUUCGCCGCUGAAGGCGAAGACAAGUCCAUCGAGAUGCGUCGCACCAGCCGACCGCGCGAGUUUGUGGACCUGACCACCGGCAAUUCCCCCACCCACCACAGGCGCAACUCGACGCCCACUCCCUUCCCCCGCUCGCCUCGCUCGCCUCGCUCGCCCAGCCCCGACCAAGUUCCAAACACCCCACGCGGCAUCAAGCGCCGCCACAAUCUCAGCCAAGAACCUGCUGAGUCCUCCUCGGCUGCCACCCGCCAGAGACGCGAGGUGAUUGAAACCAUUGACAUGACUGGCGAAGGCGGUCCAACACUACCACUCCCCGCUCCGCUCCUGCCGUCGGACCUGGUGCUCCAGUUGACCCUCCGGAGGCCAAUGCCUUGCUCGCGUACACUUGCCCAAUCUGCAUGGAACGCCCGGAGAACCCGACAAGCACCGUUUGUGGUAUGUGCGCCCGUACGCUAG